CCCAGACAGCCAGGAUUGGACCCUAAUUAGAAAGCUCGGCAGCAAAUAGAUAGGCGUCCUGCAUGAUUGAAUUCAAAGUGGCUGAUGCCAAAAUUUCUGCAGAGGCGCGGAAGAGAGAGGGGGGAAAAAAGCUCGCCAGAGAGGAGCGCAAGCAGACAGAGCCGCUGAGAGCUGCCACGCUGCGCUGCGAACAGUCUGUCCGUGAGCUGGAGGAGAGCUGGAGUUUCUGAGGUGAUACAGGAACAGCAAGACGCGACCCCCCCUCCUCUCUCCAUCCUCCUCUCUCGCUCUCUCUCUCUCUCUGGGUUGGAGGGAUAAGAAAAAAAAAAUACAGUCCGAGAGUACGUCAAACCCGAGGACGCCGCGUUAUCAGAGAGCAACGGAAGCUGACGCGAGACAAGUACAAAGGAGAGUCGAGCCGCCGAGUCCAAGUUUAUUCCUGCGCUUCGCUCCAAAACGCCGCUGCGCUGCGCUGAUGGCAUCCGUACUUGGGAACAGCAGCCGCGCGUCGGGGGCUCAGAGCGGCCAGGUCAAAUGCAAGCUGAAGCGGAGGAGGAGGAGGCGAUCGAAGAGAAAAGAGAAAGUCAGUAUGCUGUCAGCAUUGAUCGCUCCCUUCAAGUACAUAAGCCCUGGGACCAACAGCACAGAGGACGAGGACAGUUUAAGCACCAGCAGUGCAGAAGUAAAGGAAAACCGUAACAUCGGUAACCUGGAGGAUCGGCCCAUAGGAUCUGGAGAGUGCCAGUCGCUUUUCUGCUCUGACUCUACGAGAAGUGGGAGCUCUGGUCUGAAGAGGAAAAGACCACUGGAGGAGGACAACAACGGGCACCUGUGUCAGCUCCGUCUGAUCUAUAAGAAACUGUCCUGGUCUGAGGCUCCAAAGAAUGCGCUGGUGCAGCUGAAUGAGCUGCGGCCGGGCCUGCAGUACCGCAUGGUGUCUCAGACAGGUCCCGUCCACGCUCCCGUCUUCUCCAUCGCUGUGGAGGUCAAUGGGUUGACCUUCGAGGGCACCGGUCCCACGAAGAAGAAAGCCAAGAUGAGGGCUGCAGAGUUGGCCCUCAAGUCCUUCAUCCAGUUCCCCAACGCUCCACAGGCCCACCUGGCCAUGGGAAACAUCUCAAACCCUUCCGCCGACUUCACCUCAGACCAGGCCGACUUCCCUGACACACUUUUUAAGGAGUUUGAAUCCUCGCCGUGCUCCGAUGGCCUCUCAUUGUGCAACUCAGCGACUGAGAGCGAGUUGCUAUCGAGUGAGCUGCUGAGACAUGGACGGUUGCUUCGCCACACCUUGGACCUGAUGGUGCAGGCUCAGCAGAGGCUAGGGGGGAUUGUCCCAGAGCCCGAGGCUCCCAAGAGCCCUGUGGCAUUGCUCAAUGAGCUUCGGCCGGGCUUGCACUACGCCUGCCUUUCCGAGCGGGCUGAAGGACGACGACUACGUAGCUUUGUGAUGGCGGUGCGUGUGGACGGGCGGAUAUUUGAGGGCUGUGGGCGCAGCAAGAAGCUGGCCAAGACCCAGGCGGCCCAAUGUGCUCUUCAGGCCCUCUUCAACAUCAGGACAGCCCCUGAGGGGAGGACAGGCCUCAAAGCCAGCAGGAAGAGUUGUCCUCAUUUACCCCAGGACUUUGCCGAUUCAAUAUUCCACUUGGUGAGGGAGAAGUACCGGUCGCUGGUGGGCGGCUGCAGUCCUGCGCACGCUCGACACAAAUCCCUGGCAGGCAUCGUAAUGACCCGAGGUUUGGACCUGAGGCACGCCCAAGUGGUGGCAUUAUCCACAGGCACCAAGUGCAUCAAUGGAGAAUAUCUGAGCGACCAGGGACAAGUGGUCAAUGACUGUCAUGCUGAAGUCACAGCCCGCAGAGCCCUGCUACGCUUCCUCUACUCUCAACUUGAACUCUUCUUAAGUAAAAGGCCAGAGGACUGGGAGGGGUCGAUAUUCGUGCGUCACAAAGAGUGCAGCUACAGGUUGAGAGACAACGUCCAUUUCCACAUGUACAUCAGCACGUCGCCGUGUGGAGACGGGAGGCUCAACUCGCCGUACGAAAUCACCACCGAACUACACAGCAGCAGACACCUCAUGAGGAAGCACCGGAACCACCUGCGGACCAAAAUCGAGUCAGGUGAGGGGACGGUGCCGGUGCGAUGCCGAGGACCUGUCCAGACCUGGGAUGGAGUCUUACAGGGCGAACAGCUCAUCACUAUGUCCUGCACCGACAAGAUCACCAGGUGGAACAUCCUGGGCCUUCAGGGGGCGCUGCUGAGCCACUUUGUGGAGCCUCUGUACCUGCACAGCGUCACCGUCGGCAGCCUGCGCCACACGGGUCACCUGAGCAGAAUCCUGAACCAGCGGCAGGAGAGACUGGGCCCACUGCCGGCUACGUACAGACGCAACCAGCCGCUGCUCAGUGGGCUGAGCUGUGCCGAGUACCAGCAGCCGGGGAAGGCCUCGUGUGUGAGCGUCAACUGGACGAUGGGCGACACACAGCUGGAGGUGGUAAACACAGCGACGGGACGGAGACGGGACUCAGGGACAGCCUCACGUCUCUGCAAACACGCCCUGUUCACCCGCUGGAACAGACUGUACCGCAAGUUGGGGAUCCACGUGUCCGGCUCAGCGGACCGCCAGCUCAUGUACUGCGAGGCCAAGAUGGCGGCGCGUCCGUACCAGACAGCCAAGCAGCAGUGGUUCAGAUCGCUGCAGGAAACGGGCCUCGGGACCUGGGUGAAAAAGCCGCCCGAGCAGGACCAGUUCCUGCUGUCGGUCUGAGCAGAGGACUGUGUGUUUGUUUUGGACAUUUAUUUUUUUAGAGUAAGAUGAUCCACGUCUCACACCUUCGUACCUGGACGUUCCCCAGUGUGACCUCAAGGCCGUCACCCCCAUGUGUGUGUCGUCUCACUCCGGAUGUGCCGCGUCAUCCACUCACCACAAGGUCAAGCGGAAUGAAAAAGGACGUAAAAAGACUUUUUCUCAACACACAGGUUUAAGCAAACAGCCACCUAAAUACCCCCUCCUCCUCCUCCUCCUCUUCCUCCUCUUCCUCCGCCUGUCAUGGAAGGGUGGGGUAACCUUGAGCAGAAUGAAAGGCAGCCGCUAUCUUGUCAUCAGCUAUUUCCGGGCCCCAAGGCUCCCGCUGAGGAGCAGAGCCACGGGGGAGAGAGGGAGACAGACAGAGACACAGAAAGAGAAAAAGAAGAGAGAGAGAGAGAGAGAGAGAGAGGUCCACGUCCAAUUACCGGCCCUGUCAGGGUGACGGCUGAUAGAGAAAGAGGAAAGCAAGAGAGAGUGAGAACAGAGAGGGACACGCCGCCUCACCUUCCCCUCUCUCAUUUCUAUCUUUGUCCUCCUUCUCCUAACUCACCCUUUGACUCUCCAUCUCUACCUCCUUUGCGCUCCUUUCUGUCUCCCUCCCUUCCUCCCCUCCCUGUGGCGCCUUUCAAGCGUGGUGGAGUUUAACACGACACAACGACAGGUUAAUGCGCCCUUCCUUUUCUUUUUCCUCUCAUCCUCGCCCCACUGGGUGGAGGGACGUGAACGCAGCCGUUACAGUUCAGCUAAGCAGAGGUGAUGACGGAGGAGGAAGAGGAGAGGUCUCGUUUCCUCCCUCCUUCCAUCUUUUGACCUGGAUGACCUCAGUUUUUCUUCUCGUAGCUGUUUUUCAUGCGCCUGAAUCUUCGUCGUCACCCAUGAGAGCACGUUUCCGUCGUGACUCAGUAGCGAGGCCUUGUUGACCCGAUCCUUCUGUGUCGUGACCCCAGCUGUAGUCCUCCAGGAAAGUUUUCCAAGCCUCCACACUGUCAGUGAGUUUAUUUUUGAAUGCCAGUUUCAGCACAGUUAACGACCACUGAGGUGAACACCCCUGAUCAUCGUCAUGUAAAUUUGUACCUCAGACUGUUCUGUGUCUUUGCAUAUUUCAUCAACACUGUGUGUGUGUUUUUAUGCAGCAACGUGUUUUUAUCUGUUAUGAUCAUGACUGUGUUGUUUUAUCAUCGUAUUCCCCUUAAGGAGUUUAGUCGAGGCUCCCAAACCGCCAGCAGCAGCAGCAGCUCAGUCAGCAGCAAAAUCUAAGCAGUGAGAGUGACAUCUAGUGGUUUCUGUCGUGGUUUUUUUAUUAUUUUAUUUUAUUUUCCUGUCCUGGCAGCAUCAUGUGCUCCGGUGAGGGUUCAAAUUGUCCAUCAGACUGAAGAAUUACCCCUUUAGUGGACUUCAGAGAGUAAAAAUGAUUCAAAACACAUAAUUAUUGAGCAGCAUCUGGGCUCCUCUUCACCAGAUCAGCUUCUGACUGAUUAAUAGGGCUUUAGGUCAAUAAAUAAAGUUGCAAAUGUGAUGUAGUGUUUUUUUUUAUAAAAUUAAUUCAGCACAUGUAGAGAUUGCCAUUCAUAACCUAGUCGGACUCAUCUGUGGGUAAAAACCUGACAUUCCUGCUUCGUAUUUCACCUAUACUAGCUUUUGAGCUGUUUUUAAAAUUCAACCAAACAACGACCUCAGAGGAACAACCUGCACACUGUAAAUGGAGAGUUUUGUCAAAGAUUUAGAUCAUGUAUUUAGACAGGGCUGAUUUUCUUUUGGUGAAUUAGCCAUUUUGAGGACAGUUUUCACCUCCUCACAUUCAAAUAUUCCACCACUACCCUCAUUGGGAGGUUUUUCCACAGAAUCCUACUGAGGUGCAGUCACACCAUUCUCCACAGCUUUGUCAGCUGGUCUGAUUGUGAGACUCAAAAACUCAUCUGAUCUAAAGCAGGAUGAUAUUAGUAGGAUGUAUUAUUUGCUUGUGGCAUAGAUGGAUCACUAACUUUAGAUGGAACAAUGAUCCCCUUUUGAUCCCACAUCAGCACCAGAAGGUCAGCAACUUUAUUCUGCAGCCAUAAUAGAGCGACUCCAAUCCGGGUAAAGUAUCUGAUCCUGGUUUUCUUUUGGCCAAUAAAGCUGGAUUUAUAGUGGAGUCCUUUACAUGUCGCAUAAGCUUGAUUCAUAGUUGAACAACCUGUUAAUUUAACCUCCACAACACUACAUGUGUUGUUGUGAUCCGACCGUCUUGUGCUUCAUGUCUGCCGCUGGUUCUGUGUUUACUUCCUGUCGUGUACGUAGUGAUGAAGGUUAACAACACUGGAGCUGCAUCGAGGUAACUCCUCAUGUUACGUUGCAGUGUCCCCUUACUGAACAGGAGAGUAUCUGAACGGACAGCAGGAUCACGGUCGUUCAUUCACACCAAGAUGAUCUCUGUGAACAGGAAGUUUACAGUGUGAUCGCUCUGUUGGAUGUUUCAAAAAGAGACCGCUGUGGAGAGUCUUAUCCUUAUUCCUUUCUGUGCGUGCUGCUGCAGCCUUUACAUACUACCAACUGUUGCAUGUAGUCUGUAUACAUUUGCGUACUACUUCCUCAUGGCAACGUGCUCAGUAUUUUUCUGGUGUACUAUGUAGUACAUACACUUCCUGUCCAAAAAAAAAGUCGCCACCCUGAUUUAACUAAACAAACAGGUAAGAUCCUUCCAUUGGAUGAUGAAUGUGUUUCAGCUGCAGUAACUUAUUUAACCCUAGCUGAUGCAGUAAGGAGCUUCUCAUUUCUUUCCUGUGGUCAUGGAAAGAAUGUUAAUCUGUUUCAGAAGGGUCAAAUUAUUGGCCUGCAUCAAGCAAAGAAAACAACCCAGGAGAUUUCUGAAACUACUAAAAUCAGGUUAAGAACUGUCCAACACAAUAAUAAAACCUGAAGGAUAGCGGAGAACCAUCAUCUUUGAGGAACAACUGUGUUUCCUACAGUGAACCAGCAUAUGUAACCGCUGUAGCUACAGUGCAGCAUUUCAACUAUAAAUCCAGCUUUAGUUUGUGGUAAUUUUAAUAAAUUCAACGACACUACCGUUCAAAAGUUUGGGAUCACUGAGAAACAUCCUUAUUUUUGAAAUAAAGUCAUUCUUUUCAAUGAAGAUGACAUUAAAUGAAUCAGAAAUACAGUCUAGACAUUGUUAACCCUUUAAAGGGCACUCACUGAAAUACUUAAACUAAUUAAAAAUUUCAACACCAGAGUGUUAUUGGAGGUCAUAAGACUUUUUUACUUUAAUGACAUUUUUCAAAAUUUUUAUUUUCAUGUUGAAUUCAACAUCAGUGAAGUUACCAUAAAUGGCUCCAUGCCCGUUAGUGGUAAAAAAAAAAAAAAAAAAAAAAAAAAUACACAUUUCAAGAAAUGUGUAUAUCAUCAUUUAGCACAAAGACUCAACCGUAGAACGUGGGAGUUUCAUCAUCUAACCAUGGUUAGUUUUGACAUUUUGACCGCAAAUAUGGAAGAGGACUGAGCCCCAAAUUUGUCUUUGUCCGACUUCGGAGAAAAGACAAAGUUUCAUUCGUUCCAGGCCUCUGCUGAUUGGUCAAAUGCCACGAUGUAGUGUGAUGUAACAUAGAGUUAUCUUCGCUGAUUGGCUGGAUGAAAACCACAUACUCCUCGACCUCACUGAGAGGCGGAAACAACCUCACAUUUAAUGUGUGCAGAAUAUGAUCUCUUGCCUGAUGAAGGCUUGUAAAUGACUAUUCUAGGUGAAAAUAGCUGAUUUUUAAUGGAAUAUCUCCAUAGGGGUACAGAGGAACACUUCCAGCAACCAUCACUCCUGUGUUCUAAUGCUACAUUGUGUUAGCUAAUGCUGUUGAAAGGCUCAUUGAUGCUUAGAAAACCCUUGUGCAGUUAUGUUAGUACAUGAAUAAAAGUAGGUUUUCAUGGAAAACAUGAAAUUGUCUGGGUGACCCCAAACUUUUAACCCAGUAAGGAUUAAAAUAAAAAAGGAUUUCGACACAAGGCCAAAUUCAAACUUUAACUGAGUGCAACUGAUGCAAAUCACAUCCACAUUUUAUUACCAAAACCAACUGGCUUCCAUCAGUUUGGGAUUUUGGUGCCUCUGAAGGUUUGUGGUCUGGUUGGAGGACAAGUGGCAGCUUCAAUAAAAAACACUGGAGGUAUAAAAAACACUGGAGGUUAGUUUUCAGGAAAUGCAUUUGUUAAACUUCACAUUAACCCACUUUCGGUGUAAACGUCUUUAUCAGCAGAGUCGGUGUUUUUCCUUCAUCAUCAUUUCAGCAGGUUUUUCUUGUUUUAGCCUCCAUUUGUUCAGACUUGACAGUUUGUCCACACAGUUGACAGCAUUCGUCUCACACCACGCAGAGAUUCACCUUUAUUUUGAGAGAUAAUAAAUAUAAGGCAUGUCUGAAUGGCAAUAUUGUAUCAAAGAGUGUACAUAUGUAAAAUAAAACCUGUAUAAAAGAUGUUGAUGAAGAUGUGACAGAAAUCCUAAAAUGUCUUAUUAUCAUGUAAAUUAAAGUAUAUGAAGACUUGCUGCUAAGGUCUGUAAAUUGCACUUCAGUAAUAAAUAAAAAGUGAAUGUUUGUACUGUAUAUGUGAAUAAAACCACAAAAUCUUGUAAUUUUA